AUGGGAAAUGUUAAAUUGACUAGAUGUAAAAGUGAACAACAAUUGCAAAACCAGAAAAUAAUGACUAACAAUGCUGAGAAGGUCUUUCGGAAUCUCAAACCCAGGGAUCAUUUUGUCAUUUAAAUGUCUAAAUCGGAUGAAUUAGGAGAGACAAUAAAAUAUCACACUCACUUGGAAGAAACUCAAAACAAGUAAGCCAUAAAAGAUAGGCUGAUCGAGAACUUUAAUAAGAAAUUAGAUUUAGCGAAGAUUUUUUAAUUAUAGAUCUCCGAUGUACAAGGAGGAUUGAAGACAUAGGAGGCGGUCAAUAACGAUGAUGUCUAUAUUCAGAUAGAAAGUCCACCAGUUGUUGGCGCAUAAGAGAAUGACAAGAGAUAAGUAACUCUUAUAGACUUUGAAAAGAAUUCCAAUGAGGAUAAUAAUAACGAGGGAUAAAAAUUAUCUGUAGCCAUCUUAGUUGCUCCUUCAGAGUUGUCGUCGGAAUAGAACAUCGAUUACAAUAAUCAAUCUGAGGAGAUAUAAAUUCAAUCAUUUGAUCAAGAAAACACAUGUCCCAUUUGCAGUUCAUCCUUUGAGAAAAUCGUCAGGCUCUUAGAAUGUGAACAUAAGUUCUGCACGAGUUGUUACAAAGAAUAUUUAGAAAAUAAAAUCAAGAUUGCCAAAAUUAAUAACGUAACCUGUCUCUAAGAAGGUUGUACAACAAUAUUCUCAGAAGAUAUUAUUGAAUAACUUGUGAACGAACAGAAAUUCCAAUAAUAUUUGGUUUUCAAGAGAAAGUAUGAAAUUGAGAAUGAUCCUACUAAAAAAUGGUGUCCAGCUUAAGGUUGUGAUCGUUUCAUCGAAAAAGAUCCAAGAACCAAAAUAGUGUAAUGUCAAUGUGGUUCAUUGGUCUGUUUUAAUUGCGGACAACUUGCCCAUCAAGGAAUGUUGUGUGAGGAUGCAAUUUAAGGCGAUUUUAAAUAGGCCUUAGUAAAAUAUCUAAUUAAGUAUUGUCCCAAGUGCAAAUCGCACAUUCAAAAAAAUGCUGGGUGUAACCAUAUGACUUGCAAUUGUUCAUUUCAAUUCUGCUGGGCUUGCUUAUAACCGUAUCACCAGUAUCAUUACAGGUACUGGUCCCUCAAGGGAUGCGCCAUUUGGUCUGAUGGUCGUUUCAAAACUUAAAAGGAGAUCAGCAACCCUGAUAAAAUGAGGAAGAUCUACUUUGCCCCUCGUUUGGUUCUUUAUAUUCUCCGGGGUCCUCUGCUGAUUGUUAAGUUGAUUAUGCAAGCAGCCGGUAAGUCAAUAGCGAAGCCUUUCUGUGCGAUGAACAAGAGGUUGUGCAGAUCAUUGAAAACCAAGUUUUGGUAUUGA